AUGCAAGAGAAGAUUGAAAAUCGUGAAACCAACGUGCACAUUUCACGUUUGGAGCAAGAAGUUUCAUUUUGGGAGAAACGUAUUACGGAUUUUAAUCAAUGCGCCGACUUACUCACUAAACUGAAGACUGAAUUUGAUACGAUCGUUAAAGAAGAAGAUGUAUACAAUAAUUUGAGAAUAAAUGAGAAACCGGGCCCUAAGCUUGAGUGUUGGAAGAAUAUGGGUAAUAACUACAAAGAACGAAAGCAAUAUUUGAAUAUGAAAAUAGCUGACGCAGCGAAAGCUCUUCUGACUUUCUUCUCUUGCAGAGGUACAAAUAGAAUUUACUAUACAGAUAAUGUAGGACCCUAUUAUGUUGAUGAAUACAAUCACAAAGUUUAUUACUUCAACUAUGGAUUGGACAUGUAUCAUAUUGACUGCGCUGGGAAGUUUAAGGAGAUACAGAAGCAAGCCUAUUACCACGAUUUAUCAGGGCGAUACACUUUAGAGAAUGGAAACAAGAUUUAUCAAUGCGCACCGUGCACGAGCAAAUACGUCCUUGAUGAAAAUGAACUUUUUAAAAAAAUAACUCAAGACUGUGGUCAUUCGGAGAAGGCGAACGAAAAGUGCAGAUUGGAUUUUAAGGAUACUGUCGAGGAACCCCCGGUACAUGAAAAUGACGUCAACAUUAAAUUACCUCCGGAAGCAGCAGAGUACCUGUGGACGAGCUUCGGAGGUGUUCUACCGGAAGCUCUGCACGCCGUGGCCGUCGAGAAACCAAAAAACCCUAUACAUUUUCUAGCUCAUAAACUACUUCAGUACAAGUACACCGACACUUUAGAAGGGCAGCGUCUUAAGACGAAGCAAGCAAAAUCCUAUAGAGACGACAUUUAUAAAGAGCGUAAAGAGCGAGCCGUGCAAGCCAGCACGACUUGGAAAAUGAAGCAGGUCCGACGUCGCAAGCCCGAAGAAUCGGACGACUCACACAACCGGGCCGUUUUUGAUGCGCACACUGCUCAAAAGGAAUUCAUUAAUUCUUUGAAUUAUUACUUCUAACUCUUUUUUUUUUACUCGAUAUCCUUUCUGAAUCCGAAUUAGGAAUUUGUCUUAAAUUAACAAUUAAAUUAUU